UAUUCUCUAAUAGAGGACGCCAGUAUAACGAUGAAGCGUUUAAAAUUAUUUUUAGAAACAAAUUUAAAUUUUUAAUUUUGCAAUCAAAAUGACAUUAAAUUAUUUUAUUAUUACGAACUUAUGACAUUUAUAUAUUGACAGAAUUAUGAGAGAUACCUAUAAAUUGUUCAAUUUUUUGAAAAUAUUAAAUUUUUAGUUUAUAGCGAAAAUUAAUAAAAUUGAAAAUUUACCAAAAUGUGUGAUAAAGAGGAAGAACCGCCUGGAGAAAUACAAUUUAGAGUUAUUGGUAUUGUGACAAGUAAAGAUUUUCAAAAAUGUCGAGCAUACGCUGAAAGGCUCCACAGGAACAUUCCAAAACUUUAUGAUAAACCUGAUAUUCGACCAAUUUUGGAUGUUGAAUGGGGAGAAUUCAAAAACAAAGUACGAAGAACUGUAGGGGGCCGAAGCUGGGAAACGGAUAAAGAAGUUGCAGUCUUUGUAAAUGACAAUUAUAUAGGAGAUUAUGAUGAUUUUAUAGCACACAUUUCACAAACAUACUCUUUUCGGAUUUUUGAAGAUUGGACUAAACUUGGUCAUGAGCAGUUAAUAGAAAUUAUAGAGCAGAACCAAUCUAAUAAUGGUGUGUAUGUCUACAUGACCAUAGCCGCCAAUAAUAGGGUGAUUGGACCUUUACUCUUCUUGUUAUAUUCAAAUAUAGUUCCACGUACUACAAACAACUUUAUAAAAUUGUGUAGAAGGAAAAAGGGAGGUUUUCUAGGAGCACCAAUACAUAGGGUAGUAAAAGGUAGUUGGAUUCAAGGAGGAGGGUACUCCAUUCCUAAACGAAAAAUUCCAAGUGAAAAUUUUAUCGUUCCCCAUGAUAAGAGAGGGGUCUUAUCAAUGGCAAACAGCGGUUGGCAUAAAAAUAAUUCUACCCAGUUUAUAAUCAGUUUAGAAGCGACCCCAUGGAUGGACUGCAAAUAUGUGGCCUUUGGUCAAUUAGUACAAGGUGAAGAAGUUCUUAAAAUAAUCGAGGGCGUUCGGACGCAUCAUGAAGCGCCGGUGGAUAAUCUACGAAUUGUCGCUGCAGGAGAAUUCACUUUAUAUCCUAGAGUAGACGAAGAAGCAAUGAUAGAAUUGAACAAAUACAUAGAAACACGAGAGAUGAUAUCGAUGGUUCAUGAGGACGUUAUUCAUCCUGGAGACGUUGAGUCGUCUAUGAUCGUGUGCUCAAAAUUCUUAAAACAUUGCUAUGCAUUGAAAACCGAUUUGAGGUCUUACUUGCCGUUUAUACAUCUGCCAAGUUAUCUGCUAUUCAAGUUCCUCUAUGAAAGAAUAUUAGUUCGCGAAGAAGAAGAAGAAGAGGAAGAAGGAGUAAGUGAAGGAUACGAUGAACUUCGAAGAUUAUGGAUGCAGCCUUCAUUCCUAACUUUCGCCACAACUACUUCUGUUGACAUCCUUAAAUACAUCACAGAGGCGACUGCAACUGAAGGAGAAUUCUAUCAAUUUAACGCCGAUACGCAGCAAACAAUUACAGAAACUCAAAUAGAACAGAAGCCAGAAGAACCGUUAGAAAAGCCGGAAGUUGAAACGGAGAAGCCAGAAGAUCAAGUUGAACAGCCAGAGGGUCAAGAAGAAAAUCAAGAAGGUGAAACAGAAAAACCAGUGGAGCCUGCGGAAGGGCAGCCUGAAUAAUGUUUGCAAUUUUUAUGCAGCCAUGUUUAUUUUUUUUAUUUAUUUAAAUAUAAAUUAGUUAAUUGUGCUUU